AUGGCACGCUUUGAGGAAGCCGAUCCCCGAUGGCUGGUGAAGGAUAUGGGCGAUGCAGGCCGCAACGUGAACAACUGGCAUUGGACUGAGCGUGACUGCACAGAUUGGGCCAAGCAGCGUUUGAGCGAGGUGCUGGCGGGCAUCCAGCUAACCCAGAGCCCCGCAGCCGUGCGUACGACCACCCUGGAGUCCAUGUCCGGAGAUGCAUUCCUCAACAUUCGCAAAAACAAGCUCAUUCCAUCCUAUGAUCUUGAGGUUCGGGUGGGCUGGACAGGAGAGCUAACGAACGGCAACGGGCAGGUGGUAGGCACCGCGACGGGCAAGCUCCAUCUGCCUCACAUAGGAGACGACAAUCACGAUGAAGACCCAGAAAUCCGGAUCGUUUGCGACACCAACACCUCAGAGGCCGAACGCCUCAAGGCUGCCGUACACUCGCACGGCAAGAGGCCGCUGCUGGCUGCCGUACAUAAGUUCGUGGCAGAGCUGCGAUCGGGCGGACCUGCGCUGGCAGAGGCCGCCGCCCCCAUCGGCUCCGACGGCGGCGUCAACGGUCAAGGUGACGACAGCGCCGCCGGGGCAGCUAACGGUUCAGGGGCCGCCAACGGCGCCGCCAGCAAGCCGAAGCUCAGCAGUGCGGACGCGGAUAAGGCCCGGGCGGCGGCCGCCAAGGCCCCCGCCACGGCCCACAGUAGCAGCAGCUCCGGUCGGUCCAUCAGCCUCACAGCCAAGUUCCACUGCCGGCCGGCGGACAUCUAUGAGUGCUUUACGGUCGAGGGCCGGGUUCGUGCCUUCUCUCAGAGCACAGCCAUCGUACAGCCCACUGCCCCGGGGGGCAGCUUCUCCUGGUACGGCGGAUCCAUCACGGGGGAGUUCUUGGAGCUGUCGGCCCCGCACCGCAUAGUCAUGAAGUGGAGGUUCAAUACCUGGGAGGAGGGCUGCUACUCCAAGGUGGUUGUUGAAAUCUCUGAGCCAGAGUACGGCAACACCGUGUUGAAGCUCAUGCAGACGGGAGUGCCCCCGCACGACAAGUUCGGGAAUGAGGAUACCCAAGAUGUGACGGAAAGGGGCUGGCAGUCACAGGUGCUGCAGCGCAUACGGCAGGUGUUUGGGUACGGAGUGUAACUGUACGGAGAGGGACAUGGAGGAGGAGGGUAGAGAUGGCUGGUAGGUACUGUAUCCCGCGGGGGGAUGUGGGGAAGAGCUGGUGUGUGUGUCGGUGUGUGUGUGUGUGUGUGUGUGUGUGUGUGUUAGCGCGAUAGCUACACAGUGAUGAUAAUCUCAUUAAGAAAUACGCAGGUCUGAUUGCGAAUAUGAUCCUAUGAAACUGAUAUGGUUGUCAAAGAAUGUUUGUAAGAAUACACCGG